CCGGUGUUGCUGUAAAGGAGAGGUAUUUGAGUCGGGUGAUCGAGAGUAUGAAGAUGAUGAAGAUUUGGCUAGGGUUUCGGGAAGCGGGACGAGGAGAAGGAAGGGUUUUGACCGGGGGAUUAGAGAUGGAGAAAGAGAGAGGGAGUAUGGUUAUGAGGAGAGGGAAGGAUCGAGAAGGAAGUUGGGGUCUCAUGGGAAGGAUGGUUAUGGAAGGGUUUCGACAAAUGAGAUGAGAAGGAAGUACGGAGACAGCGACGACGAUAAUUUGGUUAGGGUUUUGAGAAAUGGGAGGAGGAGGAAGUAUGACGAAGAUGAUGAAGAUUUGGUUAGGGCUCCGGGAAAUGAGAGGAGAAGGAUGUAUGAAGAUGAUGAUGGGGAUUUGGGUAGGAGGAGGAGGAGGUACGAAGACGAUGAUGAUGAUUUGGUUAGGGUUUCGAGAAAUGAGAGGGGAAGGAAGGAUUUUGAUCAGAGAUUGAGAGAUGAAGAGGAGAAUGUAGCUUCGUGGAAGGAUUGCCGCCGUGAAGCAAGAGAGAAGGAUUAUGAUUAUGAGGAUAGAGAAGCUUUAGGUAGAGAGAGAUAUGCUAAGUACAAGAAUGAAUCAUAUGGGAGGAAUGUUGAUAGAGGAGAGAGCUCGAAGGCUUUUGAUAAGAGGUGGAGUGAAAUAGAUAAACGUGUAGUUGGGCAAGAAGUUAGGAAGUACAAAAAUGAUGAAGAUUUGGUUAGGGUUUCGAGAAAUGAGAUUAGAAGAAAUGAGUUUGAUCGCAAAAUUCGAGAUAAAGAGGAGAAUAUUGCAUCAUUGGAUAGAGAGAGAUAUUCGGAGUACAGGAAUGAAUCCAGGAGGAUAAAUGUGGAUAGAGGAGAGAGCUCUACAUCUUUUGAUAAGAGGCAAAGUGAGAUAGAUAAACGAGUAGUUGCUCAAGCUGAUUCAAGAAAUAGUUCAUUACGAGCUGGUGAUGUCGAGAGGUUGUCUAACUUGCAGGGACGCUAUGAUGAAGGAAGGAUGAAGGAUCGAGAGGAAAGGCUAAGUUCAGUGAAUUUUUUUUCUCAAGUGACGAGGGAUGAGAGGAUACAAAACGAUCAAAAUGCAGUUGAUAAGGUGGAAAUAAGCGAGCAAUAUGGAACAAAUGCUACUGAUUCUAGGUAUCGUGUAAGUGAUACUGAAGGGGCCAAUAAUUCGAAGACUAACCUUGAGAUCAGCAGGGAUGAUGAAAUCUCAUCCAGUUCGCACAGACACUUUGAAGAAGAAAGAGUGAAGCAUAAGGAGGAUAAAUCUUCCUCAGUUGAGAACUCAGUUCGGAUGAGGAUAAAUGAAGUGUCUAAUGUGAACCAACAAUCUAUAAAUCAGCAGUAUAUUGAUCAUCAAUAUAUUAAUCAGAAGUAUGAAAAUCGAUCUAAUUCUUCUAAGAUUCAUGCGAGUAGCACUGAAAGGGACAGCAACUCAAAGAACUCUCUUCGGAUUAGAGCUGAUGAUCGAGAACAGCAUUUAACUUCUAAUCUGGUCUGUAGAUCUACGGACGAGUCAAGAGUUGAAUCUCAAUUGAAUUCUAGUGUAUCUGAGUUUAGGCGGGAUGAAGAAAGGGUUUCUGAUUUGCAACAGGUGGCAACUAUAAGACCAGAGAACGAAAGAGAAACUUCCUCAUCAGUCAUGAUUCAUGACGAGAGGGAUAAUAGGCAAAAGAGUAAUCUCAUUGAGGAGAGUUCUUCGCAAGUGAAAGGCGAUGCAAUGGAUUCAGCUAGUAGAUAUGAUGAAUCUUCUGCAAUGUAUUUGGGUGAGUUUGUUGAUAAACUGUGGCAGGAAAGAUUAGCUUUAGAAAGUUCUGAACUUCACAUGGGUGAGUUUGUCGAGAAACUAAGGCAGGAAAAAUUAGCUUUAGAAAGUUCUAAAGGUAACAAGGGAAAAACUCACAGAGAGACUUAUAAAGAAAUGACUGCUGCAGACGUUGAUGUGGAUGAUGAUAUCACCAGACACGGAGUGAAGUAUAUAGAAGAAAGUGGAAGGAAAUGUUCAUCAAGGCCUGCAAUGAAAGGGCCAUCUGAUGAGAUGUGGGAAGUAAAGGGCAUGUCUUCUCAAGAACCUUCCGAAAUAGAAGGAAAACAAGAAGAAGACACUGAGAAGGAGCCUCUGGUUGCAGAAGUCGUGGACUCUAAUAUUUCUCCAGGUAUUGCUGAAAGUGUCAUCAGUAGAAGAUCUCACAAAUCUUUAUGGGCUUAUAUUGCUGAUAUAAUGAAGAUUGGUUGGGCACACCGUGCUGGAAGUCAAAGCUCCGUCAAGAAAUCGGGGAGAAGUUCAUCGAAUGUGUCUACAAGCAGCGAGGCUUGGUUUGAGCCAGACGAGACCCAUGAUGAGACCGAGAAGGAGAAAGAUGUCUCGCAAAAAGCACCACUGCCCUCAAAAAAUCCUACAGAGAAUGCGUCAACAUCAACAAGCACCGUGAAAAGAGGUUCAUCUUCAUCGUUUAAGAGCGUUUCAGCAGCGGAAGAAAUAGAGCUGCGAGAAAGUGAAAAGAUAAGAGGUGAUACUCUUUCUAGUGAAACAAUUACUGAGCAGUCAUUAAUUCCUACAAUAAACACGGCUUCAUCUUCACUCUGUGAAUCUGGAGGUUUUCAGAUGCAGAGAAGUAAUGCUCCUGAGUCUGAAGAGGUGUCUGGUAGGCAAAAACAACUUGAAGCCACUGAAAUUGGGGAAAGCUACAGGGGACUGAAGAAAAGGAAUGACUCACUGAAAGAAUCAACACCAACAAUGAUGAACGUUGAACAAUCAAAUCUAGGUCCCUCAGGCUCAAUGGAGACCAUGAGAAGAGCUUCAUCGUUGAAAGGUGUAAGCCUAGUUUCCAGGGAAGAAGUUUUCAAGCCAAAUGGUGGUGAUAAGGGGCAGGGUGUUGUCUCUGCUGUGGACGAGUCAUCAGUGUCGACAGCUAAAACGACUCCACCUUCAAUGCUUGAAAUUGAAAGUGUUCAGAAUGCAGGUGGCAGAUUACAGAAACUAGAAGAGAUCACUGAAAUUGGGGGAACUGAGGGGGAGCUAAAUAGGAGGAAACUUCAAAAGAACAAAAAGGUCUUGAGAGGACAGUUUGAUGAUUGGGAAGAAGGUGUUGUCUCUGCUGUUAACCAAUCAUCAGUGUUGACAGCUAAAGUUACUCCACCUUUAAUACCUGAAACUGGAAGUGUUGAGAUUGCAGGCAGUGGAUUACACAAGUUAGAAGAGAUCACUGAAGGGGAGAAACUGCCAGAAGUUACUGGAACUGAGGGGCAACUGAGAGGGAGGAAACUUCAACGGAACAAGCAGGUAUUAAGAGAACAGUUUGAUGAGUGGGAAGAAGCAUAUAAGCUUGAAAGUGAACAGCGAAAGAUGGAUGAAUUCUUUAUGAGGGAAGCUCUGUUAGAGGCUAAGAAGGCUGCAGAUACUUGGGAGGUUCCAGUUGGGGCUGUUUUGGUUCAGAACGGGAAGAUUAUCGCUCGUGGCUGUAAUCUAGUUGAGGAGAUGAGAGAUUCUACUGCACACGCUGAAAUGAUAUGUAUCCGUGAAGCGUCUAAUCUUCUUCGGACAUGGCGCCUUGCGGAGACUACCCUUUACGUGACGCUUGAACCAUGUGCCAUGUGUGCUGGGGCUAUUCUUCAGGCUAGGGUUGAUACUGUGGUAUGGGGAGCUCCAAACAAGCUAUUAGGAGCUGAUGGCAGUUGGGUCAGGUUAUUUCCUGGAGACGUAGGAACUAGCAGUUUAGACUCCUCAAAUCAGAGCGCAGGUCCUGUCCAUCCCUUCCACCCGAAGAUCAGAAUAAGGCGAGGCAUCCUUGCAACUGAAUGCGCAGAUGUAAUGCAGCAGUUCUUCCAGCUCAGGAGGAAGAAGAACAAGAAAGAGCAGCAACCAUCGCCGCCCUCUUGGAUAUCAACUAGACCACACAAAUUCUUUGCAAGGAUGCACGAUGUCUUCUCUGUGAUGUUUUGCUUGUAGAAAUUGAGGUAUGUUUGAUGUAGUUGUAUGAUUUGUUGGUAUUUUCUUCUAGUGUAAUCAAAAGUUCGAUUCCUGUUGUGUCAGAAUAGUAGUUGAAUAAAAGUUUUGCUUCUGACUGUGUUUUCUCCAA